AUGUUCCGCCACUUCUACACUUCCCCCGCCUAGAUUCUGGAGAAAUAGAGAACGCGAAGUAGAGACUGGCGCCGCAGAAUAUGCAUCUGCUCGCGCGCUGCAGACCACCCCUGCGCUCCACACGCCUGUCGCUCACACAACGAUUUACGACCGCCGCCAGCAAUCCAAAGCCCAAGCCUAAACCCUGGCUCGUCUUCUCUGGAAUUUUAGUGGGAUCUGGACUCGCAUUAUAUGCAUACAACCCCAAAGCUGCACGGCACGCAGCCUUCGCAGGAGUGCGAUGUUCUCGUGUAGUAUAUGCGGCUUGCCUGGGGGUCUUGGAUUACAAAGCGACCUUUGCCAGAGCAUAUGCGUCUGAAGAAGACCGCCUACAAGCUCUGUCCGAAUGUCACUCGCGCUCUGCCAGCCAUGUCCUGAAAGCGCUGCUUGCAAAUGGAGGGAUAUUCAUCAAAUUGGGUCAACACAUGGCGUCAGUCAUGGUGCUCCCCCGCGAAUGGACAUCAGCAAUGCGGCCAUUGCAGGACAAAUGCGAUCCAACCUCGUUUGAAGACAUUGAAGCUCUCUUUCGCUCCGAUGUCGGAGCGUCUUUGAACGAUCUAUUCUAUGAUUUCAAUCCGGUCCCUAUUGGCGUCGCUUCUCUGGCUCAGGUCCAUGUUGCCCGUGAUCGCAAGAGCGGCAGAAGAGUUGCCGUCAAGAUCCAGCACCCGCAUCUGGCAGAGUUCUGCGACGUGGAUAUGGCUGUCGUCGAGUCGUCGCUAGGCUGGAUCAAGUACUGGUUUCCAGACUUCGAAUUCACGUGGCUGGCCGAUGAAAUGAAGAUCAAUCUCCCCCUGG